AUGCUCAGCAAGAUAGUGAAUGUGUGGUAUUCGUCAGAAAUCACGGCAGAUAUUCAUGGAGAGAAGUCCGCAUGGGCCGUCGUGUCCAUUCUUGGCGUCCUGAAGUUUGGUGCAGGCUUUGUGUUGCUCGAUCCGUCGCUUCCUGAGCCCCGACUACGAUCGAUAAUCUACCAAGUGGGCUCUCGGGUGCUUCUAUCCUCCCACGUCGAUUCUCCAAGCCAUGCCCAGCGUCGUGCCCCGGGUCAUGCUACAAGUUUCACGGCAUUGUCGCAGCCAUCGUCGAAGAUAAUGUACGCAGUCUUCACUUCCGGCAGUAGCGGGACCCCCAAAGGCGUACUGGUCACACACGUCAACUUCUGCUCUGCUGUUGACCACCAGCUCGUCCUUCUCGGGUUUACGAGGGAGUCUAGGGUUUUGGAUUUUGCGUCUUAUGCUUUUGACGCCGCGGUCCACAACGUGAUAGCUACUCUUGUUGCAAGAGGAUGCCUGUGCAUUCCGUUUGAAGAAACAUGCAAGAAUGACCUUACCAAGAUCAUUUCGGUCAUGCAGCCCACGAUGGCAAAUCUGACUCCAACGGUGGCACGUCUGGUCGAUCCAGAAGCAUUGAAAAGUCUGAAGACGUUGAUCUUACUAGGCGAGCCGGUCACGGCCAGAGAUGCCGAGCGAUGGAGGCCACACAACGUCCACUUUAUCAACACAUAUGGACCCGCUGAACGCACCCCAAUUAGCACUAUCAACUCUUUGAGUGCCAGCGCUGAAGAGGCUAUGCGGAUAGGAAAGGGUGUGGGGCUCGUAACAUGGAUUGUCGAUCCAGAAGACCAGAGCGUCCUGUUGCCCCCCGGAUGUACCGGCGAACUGCUCCUGGAGGGACCGCUCAAGAUCUUAAAUGGCUUCUGGAAGGUUCAAUUGGUCAACCCGGGCGUCGUGGUCGACUUUACACACAUUGAGCUCGAAGAGGUUGAACAUCAUAUCUUGAAGUGCAUGCCGUCAAGAGCGGCCCAGGUUGCGGCUGAAGUUAUUGUGCUUGGGGCGGAGACGGAUCCCAAACCGGUGCUAACGGCCUUUUUCAUUCAAGAACGCACGACUGCCACGCAAACUGACCAAGAAGUGCCCUGCACACCCGUGAAAUAUCCGACGGUGGCCACCAUCAAGAAGAAACUCGCGCAUCACCUACCGGGCUACAUGGUGCCGGCAGUUUUUCUUUCUGUGUUGGAGCUACCAUUCACUGCCACGGGAAAGACAGACCGGCGACGGCUGCACGAAACCGGCCGGACGGUGCUGCUGACCGAGAGAGGUUGUUGGACACGUCUGAGCAGUUCCUUGGCGAAGGGUGUCCCCUAG